GAGGCCGGUGACGUCACCUCAUUUGCAUUCCCGGCACCCAUAUAAACCGGCGCCGCGCCCCGCCCGACAUUUCGCUGGUGGUCGCCGUCCGUUUUCGUCUCUCCUAGCUCGCGUGCCUCGUUGCUUCCUCCGCAACCAUGUCUGACAAGCCCGAUAUGGCCGAGAUUGAGAAAUUCGAUAAGUCGAAGUUGAAGAAGACAGAAACGCAAGAGAAAAACCCCCUGCCUUCUAAAGAAACCAUUGAACAGGAGAAGCAAGCAGGCGAGUCGUAAGAGAGCGAGGCUGCCCUUCCAUGCUGUACAUUCCACAAGCAUUGCCUUCUUUAUGUUACUUCUUUUAGCUGUUUAACUCGGUUAGAUGCGAAGUUGAAUAAAGUUUAAAGUUAAAUGACUGUGCUGCCCCCCCUUUCACAUUUUAAGAUUUGGGAACUACUGACAACUACUGAGGCGCCUUGCCUCCCCCAUCGGUCUUGGGUUGGAAGGGAAAAAAACUUGGGUGUUUAUGUUGGGGGAAGGAAGAAGCCAGGUGGGACCAGAGAUGGAGUUAACACCGGGUGUGGGUUCAAAGUGUCCUGCUGGCUGUAAAAAACAGUUAAAUUGAGUGCCAUUUUUUGUUGAAUGGUUUAAUUAUAUUGGAAUGCACAAUUUUUUAAUAU